CAGAGACCUAGUCGUGGCAAUGAAUACGGGACAUGCGAGCAAGCACAAAAAGCACCGCCGUCAUUAUCAUGCUAAUCCCCGAGAAGAUGAGCGAUAUGUAGACUACUCGGAAUCCAGAAAAUCCUCUUUCACCGAACACAGCAGUCGCUCUCACCGACACAGUGAAUCAAAGCAUAAGCACAGGAGGCACCGAGAUUAUGGGGAAUCUAGAAUGCAUUCGGACCUUUCUGCGCACAAUCAGUAUCGAGAGUUCCGAAAAGAUAGGAGUGCUGAACGUGACGAACCUAGAAUAUCGGACAGACGUAGCCGUUCGGAAAAGAAGAAACAUCACAGGUCACGUGAGCGCUCCGGAGACUUCGAGAAAUCUGGUUCAGAUUCUGAGGAGCUAUCUGUGAAGAUUGAGGAAAACGAAGAUGAAGAAUCAAUAAUCGAAAAACGUCGUCUUGAGCGACAGCGUCUUUUGGAGCAACUCUCUAGAACAGGGCAGAGUGCGAGCCCAUCGUCUCCCGCACGCCAGACUACCCCACCCAUGCCUAGCGCUAUUCCACAUACUGAGAGCUUGACAGAGAUGGUGGUUGACAAUGACGCCGAGUUGUUUGAUUUCGAACAAGCCAUGAAGGACAAACUUCUUCAUUCGGCUGCCGCGACCGUAGAAGGCGAUAAUACCGAUUCGCCCAGUGGACGGUUGUCCGGAGUGGAAGCACCUGCGGCCCGUGCACUGCUCAACGAACGGAAGCGAAUUUGUUUGAAUUCAGACUUGGCGCAACCACCUACUGCACCAAAGGCUACUAAGUUCGAUAUGUUCGCUGACGAAGUCGAGGUUGGUGUGCAUGAUGCACCUGGUACCAUGGCACCUGGUGCAAUGGCGUCGGAAAAUCAUUCUCUGGUCGACAACUGGGAUGAUGCUGAGGGAUACUAUCGUGUUCGCAUCGGAGAGGUCUUGGACAAACGCUACGCUGUGUAUGGAUACACCGGGUUCGGAGUGUUCUCCAACGUUGUUCGGGCUCGUGAUAGUGCCCGUGGUAAUCUUGAGGUGGCCAUAAAAAUUAUCCGGAACAAUGAAGUUAUGCACAAGUCAGGUUUAAAGGAGUUAGAGGUGCUGAAAAAGCUCAACGACGCCGAUCCUCACGAUCGGUACCAUUGUCUCCGAUUGUAUCGACAUUUCUUUCACAAAAACCACUUGUGUAUGGUCUUCGAGUUGAUGAGCAUGAACCUACGCGAAGUGCUCAAAAAGUACGGGCGGAAUAUCGGGCUUCAUAUUGCAGCAGUUCGUUCAUACACACAACAGAUACUAUUGGCUCUAAAGUUGAUGCGCAAAUGUGGUAUUCUGCACGCGGAUAUCAAACCAGACAACAUUCUGGUUAAUGAAAACAAGAUUCUGCUCAAACUUUCGGAUUUUGGUUCAGCCUCAACCAUUCAAGAUAAUGAAAUUACACCUUAUCUCGUCUCGCGAUUUUAUCGGGCUCCGGAAAUAAGUAACAUCAUCACCACCACCACUGUCUUUGUCCCGAAUCGAGAGACGGAACUAACCGAAAACACGUCGUCCAUCGUUGUGCACGGCGGUAUCAGCUCCGGCCGCUCUCGAGUGGUACACCCGCUACGGCUGAUCGCCAUGACUGUCACGGUGGCAGCUGGGAUACUGCUUUUUGUUGUCGCCCCCUGUCCUGAGCUCCGCACCACUGUUAGCUACCGCCCGUCUGCCGAACACUUCCCCCACCUGCUAAAUCUCGACGAUCUAUCAUUCUCUCCAGUCCUAGGUGUACCCUAUGAUUACAAUGUGGAUUUGUGGUCAGCCGCUGUCACACUUUUUGAGUUGCACACCGGGCAUAUCUUGUUUCCGGGCAAGACAAACAACGAAAUGCUUCGGUUGAUGAUGGAGGUUCGUGGACGAGUGCCUAAUCGAGUUAUUCGGCGUGGCAUGUUUCGAGCGCAGCACUUCGAUGAGCAAUGCAACUUCCUCUACCACGAAAUUGAUAAAGUCACGCAAAGGGAAAAGGUAACGGUUAUCCGUAAUCUGCAACCAACGCGUGAUUUGAUGACGGAGCUUUCGGCGGACACAAAAAUGAGUGAGCCGAUCCUUCGAAAAGUCACUCAAUUUAAGGACCUACUGGAAAAGAUGCUUGUGCUGGAUCCUGCGCGUCGACUACCCCUGAACGAGGCCCUUCAACACCCGUUUAUCACCGAGCGUAUGUCAGUCGAAAGUGCCGCUUCAGUCCAACCAUCCUGAUGGAUUCUACUCAUGUUUUCAUGUGUAAAAAUGUAAAAAGACUACUCGUUUGUCA